CUCGGACGGAGAGAGCCCCAGCCGAGCAAGCUAGUCAGCCGCACACUUCAUCUGUCAUCCUACGGGUGCGAAAAAAAUCUCAACUCUUUCGGCGUACACGAAGGACUUGACAGCUAGAUUUUUGUUUUUCUUUUUUGGACUACCAGGCUGUCGAAGACGAAGAAGCCGGCGUCGUGUCGCGUAAUUUAGCCGGCGAAAGUGCCUGUUUUGUUUAUUUCUUCCCUCCCUCAUAAAAGUAACCAUCAGAAUUCCACCUCGUCGCAAUUGAGCUAACCAGCUAACAUUAGCUUGCUUCUCCGACGCGUAAAUGCGUAUGACACGGCUUUAAAUACAUCCCAAAAGCGUGUAUUCUGCUUUAUUUGUCCUCUUUAACCCCGCUGCGAUGACUUCCUGACCGCCAAGAUACUUUUUAAUCCCCCCCACCCCCCAAAAGGAAGGAGAGACUUAACGAGCGAGCUAAACUGAGCUAACCCGAGAGGCGCCGCGCUAGCAGCAACGACACCCGGGAUUGGACACGUCGCCAACGGAGAGGAGGAGGAGGAGGUGGGGGUGGCGGCCUAAGGCUUGACAGCAACCCCCGGCCAAGACGGGCUCAGAGAGGCCCGCAGCCCGCCACUCUGCGGGGGCACAGGCGUCGCUGAGCCGCGGGGAGACACCGGCUUGAAGGGAGGAGAAGGCGGAGGACGACGAGGACCAGGCAAUUUUUUGACAAGUGGGAUCCGGGAAGUAAACCGGGCAGUGACCUCAUGAAUGGAAAUCGGAACUACAGGAGCCGUUGGGGCCCAGUCCCUGUUCGCCAUGCCUCGGCGGCCCGGCUAUGGCACCAUGGGAAAGCCCAUCAAGCUGUUGGCCAACUGCUUCCAGGUGGAGAUCCCCAAGAUGGACGUCUACCUCUACGAGGUGGACAUCAAGCCUGACAAGUGCCCGCGACGAGUUAACCGGGAGGUGGUGGACUCCAUGGUACAACACUUCAAGGUGACGAUCUUUGGGGAUCGCAGGCCAGUCUAUGAUGGCAAGAGGAGUCUGUACACGGCCAACCCGCUGCCUGUGGCGCCCACGGGGGUCGACCUGGAUGUAACUCUGCCGGGCGAGGGGGGCAAAGAUCGUCCUUUCAAGGUGUCCAUCAAGUUUGUGUCUCUGGUGAGCUGGCACAUGCUGCAUGAGGUGCUAACGGGCCGCAGCAUGCCUGAGCCGCUGGAGCUGGACAAACCCAUCAGCACCAACCCAGUGCAUGCCGUGGACGUGGUGCUGAGACACUUGCCGUCCAUGAAAUACACGCCGGUGGGCCGCUCCUUCUUCUCAUCUCCGGAGGGCUAUGAUCACCCUCUGGGCGGAGGCCGGGAGGUGUGGUUCGGCUUCCACCAAUCUGUGCGCCCCGCCAUGUGGAAGAUGAUGCUAAACAUUGACGUGUCAGCCACCGCCUUCUACAAGGCCCAGCCGGUCAUCCAGUUCAUGUGUGAAGUACUGGACAUACACAACAUAGACGAGCAGCCCCGCCCUCUCACGGACUCGCACCGGGUCAAAUUCACCAAAGAAAUCAAAGGUUUGAAGGUGGAAGUGACGCACUGUGGAACCAUGCGGAGGAAGUAUCGUGUCUGCAACGUGACCCGCCGGCCGGCCAGCCAUCAAACGUUCCCCCUCCAGCUGGAGAACGGCCAGACCGUGGAACGCACCGUAGCCCAGUACUUCAGGGAGAAGUACAGCCUACAGCUCAAAUACCCCCACCUACCCUGUCUCCAAGUUGGCCAGGAGCAAAAGCAUACCUACCUGCCGCUGGAGGUGUGUAACAUUGUAGCCGGUCAGCGAUGUAUCAAGAAGCUGACAGAUAAUCAGACGUCCACCAUGAUCAAGGCCACAGCUCGCUCUGCGCCUGACAGACAGGAAGAGAUCAGCAGGCUGGUACGCAGCGCCAACUAUGAUGCCGACCCGUUUGUCCAGGAGUUCCAGUUCAAAGUGCGCGACGAGAUGGCCCACGUGACGGGGCGAGUGCUACCCGCUCCCAUGCUGCAGUACGGCGGCAGGGUGAGCACAGAGCACUUUAUGAACCGCACAGUGGCCACGCCCAGUCACGGUGUGUGGGACAUGAGGGGCAAGCAGUUCCACACUGGUGUGGAGAUUAAGAUGUGGGCCAUCGCCUGCUUUGCCACGCAGCGCCAGUGUCGGGAGGACAUUCUCAAGGCGUUCACAGACCAGCUACGCAAGAUCUCCAAGGACGCCGGCAUGCCCAUCCAGGGCCAGCCGUGCUUCUGCAAGUAUGCCCAGGGAGCGGACAGCGUGGAGCCCAUGUUCAGACACCUGAAGAACACAUAUGCCGGACUGCAGCUCAUCAUUGUCAUCCUCCCCGGCAAAACCCCUGUCUAUGCUGAGGUGAAGCGUGUGGGAGAUACUCUGCUGGGCAUGGCCACGCAGUGCGUCCAGGUGAAGAACGUGGUGAAGACGUCCCCCCAGACCCUCUCCAACCUCUGCCUCAAGAUUAACGUCAAGCUGGGGGGCAUCAACAACAUCCUGGUGCCUCACCAACGGCCUUCAGUGUUUCAGCAGCCAGUCAUCUUCUUGGGAGCAGAUGUGACACAUCCACCUGCCGGAGAUGGCAAGAAGCCCUCAAUUGCAGCAGUGGUGGGUAGCAUGGACGCCCACCCCAGCCGCUACUGUGCCACCGUCCGGGUGCAGAGGCCCAGACAGGAGGUAAUCCAGGAUCUGGCCUCAAUGGUCCGCGAGCUGCUCAUCCAGUUCUACAAGUCCACACGUUACAAGCCCACCCGCAUCAUCUUCUACAGGGAUGGAGUGUCUGAAGGCCAGUUCAGACAGGUGCUGUAUUAUGAGCUGCUGGCCAUCCGCGAGGCCUGCAUCAGCCUGGAGAAGGAGUAUCAGCCGGGCAUCACCUACAUCGUGGUGCAAAAACGCCACCACACACGCCUCUUCUGCGCGGACCGCAACGAGCGAGUUGGACGCAGUGGAAACAUUCCUGCUGGUACGACCGUGGACACUGACAUCACGCAUCCUUACGAGUUUGACUUUUACCUCUGCAGUCAUGCUGGAAUACAGGGCACCAGCCGGCCCUCCCACUACCACGUGCUGUGGGACGACAACUGUUUCACGGCCGACGAGUUCCAGCUGCUCACCUACCAGUUGUGCCACACCUAUGUGCGCUGUACCCGUUCGGUGUCCAUACCCGCGCCUGCCUACUACGCCCACCUGGUGGCCUUCCGUGCCCGUUACCAUCUGGUAGACAAAGAGCACGACAGCGCCGAGGGCAGCCAUGUGUCAGGUCAGAGUAACGGUCGAGACCCGCAGGCCUUGGCCAAAGCUGUCCAGAUUCACCACGACACCCUAAGGACCAUGUACUUCGCCUGAGCUGCAACCCACCCACUUACCACCACCAUUUCCAUCCUCCACGCAUAAACACUCACACACACAGCCAUUCACAGAUGGCUUGCCAGUCAGAAAGUUCUCACACACACUGUCCUAGUCAAUCCGGACCCGACACUGUGCAGAAGGAAGCAGGGAGGAGGAAGGAGGCACCCCACACUGGAUUGAGGAUGCAAAAACGCUGCUUUAAACCAGAAAAAAGAAACAAAACAAAACUCAGCACUAAUAUGCAAUAGAAACCAGCCAACUCAUUUUAUUUCCAUCCUUAUUUUCUUUUGUGUUUACUUAUAUGCUGUAGUACCCCCUCCCGCCCGCUUCACAUUCUACCCAGCUGCUCCCCAGCACCUCGAGUCGGUUAAUAAGCAGCAGCACUUUUACAUUCUUUUGUAUGUGUGUUUUUUUAAGCAAACAAGGGAGUAGAGCAGAAGGUUCUCAGAUUUCAAAUUAAUUUUUCCCUGCUUCCCUUCCUCCCUCCCUCUCAUGAAAUAACCAGUUCUUUGAGCACACUGCCACCAGAUGGCUACGAGGUAAAAUGGCCUCCCCUAAAAUGCCUCAUGAAAGCCUCCUGUUCUACUGUGGGUCAAAUCUAAUUUUAACAGUGAAUCAAUUCGACCAUUAAAAAUCUGGAUUGUUUUUUUAAAUGUGAAAAAACUUCAGGUUAAAACUUCUUCUGCUCACCUUAUUUUGUUUUACUUUUUAAAAAUAGUUUUUCUUUUUUUCUUUCUUUCUUUCUUGCAUUACCCUCUAGUGAAAUAAUGUUGGUUCUCCUGUUCUGUUGCUGGUACAAUUGACCAUUAAGAAUCAAAAUUCUCUUUUUAAAUUAUGAAUAUGCACACAUUUUAGGGUUACUACCCUAGUCUUUUUAUUUUUUUUUAUUUUAGAUUUUUAUUUGUUUUUGUUAUUCAGGAAUUUGCAUUUGUUCGCAUUGCCUUCUUGUGAAAUACCAGUAACUAGUUCUUUGUCUCUUGUGCGACUUUGGAUCAAUUUGACGUGUAAAAAUCAAGAUUUUGUUUUUCAAUAUACCAAAAUUUCAGGAUAGCUUAUUUUGCUGGUCUUAUAAAAAGUAUAUAUUUUGAUAUUAUUUUUGGAUUUGCAUUUUUUUGUAUGAUUAAUCAAAUAGUAGGUCACAUUGAUCCAUGAAAACAAACCAAAUAUAGCAGGAGGGUUAAACUUAAAAUGGGUUAAUUUGACCAGCAACAUAACAGCAGGGUUAGACUUUACAAUGGGUCAAUUUGACCUGCAACAUAACAGGAGGGUUAAACUUUACAAUAGGUCAAUUUGACUCAUAGUGUCACAGUUGGGUUAAACGUUUCAUUUCAAUUUAACCCACAACAUAACAAGACUGAUAAACUUUCCAACGGGUCAAUUUGACCCGCAGCAUAACAGGAGGGUUAAAGAUAUCCACUGUCACUAGUUUCUAGUCUUGAUAUAUUCAUCACAGUCAUCUGUGGACUUUUUUCUUAUUUAAAGUAUAACACUGUUGUUUCUUUUUAUAUCCCCAUGUCGUUUUUAUCAUGUGAAGCUUUGACAUGUUCUUUUACCUUGUUGGAACCAUUUUAUUUUCCCCGCAGCGCUUUAUUUUUCCUCCUUUUGAGUGGGAGAUCAUGUCUGAUUGUCUCCACUUGUGCAAUAAUGUGCAGAAGGAAGGGAAGAGUGAAAUAAUCGAGACGUUUGGCGAGAGAUUCGCAGACUGUCAGGCACUUUUUCAGUUUUUUUUUUUUCCUGUUUUGGGUGUGCAAAGUGCAGUUUCGGCGACGUUUCACAUUCUUACUUGAAGGAUUUAUACGCGUGCGUCGUUUUGGAAUUCCUGAAGAAUUACUUAUUCUGGACCUGAUUUCAGCAUUGUUGAGUACAAAGGCCAUAAAAGAAGACGGGAGUAUUUAAGUGCCUGGUGGAAUUGUGAAUCGCGCCAUGCCGAGCGGGCGAAAUAACAAAAAAACGACUAAAGUUUCACCCGAUGCCUCAUGUUCUUCUCGGCAAACCGACUUUUCUACACAACUUCAUCAUCCUUACGUCGGUGUGUGUAUAUCAUGUUUUAGCCUGUACCGCAGUGUUAGCUGGUAACUUUGCUUGGACACAGCAGUCCAAUUGUCUUAUCAUCAUCAUCAUAGUUCUAAGUUGAGACUGGCUUCAGAACCCCCCCAAAAAAGCUGAAGAGUCGAGUGGCUGACCAGUUUUCAUCCGGUGUACUCUGUUAAAAACAUGUGGUCACCACUCGACUCGUCUGCACUGCUGAUGGUCUGAAGCUUUUUUUGUUUGUGUUUUUUGUGUGUGUGGGGGGGUAGUAUGGAUAUUGCUUUACAAAGUUAUCUGCACUAAAAGAAGCAUGUGUUCUGGUUGUGAACACAGGCGUGGUGCUUGAACCGAUGGAGAAUCUGAACUAGAGACUAAUGGGCAGGUUAGGAAAAGCAGGAAACCUCAGGGCACCCCCCGGUAGCCUGAUGGGGGUGGGAUGACCCUCCUACUACUGUAGGAUAUUCCCUGCUACUCGCGUGUGGGACUGCCCGACUUCCCUGGCCCCACUACCUGGUUGGGUAUUGCAAGGCCUCCACUACCCCACUGGGUUUAAGGCUGCCCCCAAUACUCUGAUAGGUGUGAGAUGGCUUCCCUCUACUCUGGUUUGUGUGGGAUUGCCCAACUACAUAUUUUGGGUGAUGUGAUGGGCGGCUUCCGGCUUGGUGACUGUGGUACGGCCCUACCACUCUGGUGGUUAUGGAACAGUCCCCGCUACCCUUUUUGGGUGUCGGACCACUCCAGCUACCCUGGUGAAUGGUGAUGGUGGGAAAGCGCCACUUCCCCGGUGGGUAUUGGAUGCCCCCCCCACUUACCUGAUGAUUUUGGAUUAUUCCCACUCUCCUGAUGGGUGUUGGACAACCCCAGUACCCUUUUUGGGUUGAGGAUGGUUCCCAUUUCCCUGUCCUCUAUGGGACAGCCACCCAGUACCACGGUAGAUGUCUAGAAUGUGGGGGUAGCCCUGAAAACGGUACAGUCUGGAAAAUGUGUGUUGUCUAUAUAUCCGCUGUUGCGUUGGACUACCAUCAGAAGGCGUUUCCCUCCAGUGUGGAAGCUUGCGGUGGUCUCAGCCUCUGUGAUGAAAAGCCUUUUAAAAAAGCCAGAUCAAAAGUAUAUUUGUACAUUUGAAAUGAUGUAAUGCACACCGAUUAUUUUUGCUAACAGUUUAAAAAAGAUGUAGUCUAAUUAUUCUUAGUAAUAAAUGUAUCAUCGUAUGUUAUGGUAAAAAAAAAACAACAAAAAAACUGUUAAUUACAAAGUUUUUAUUAUAAUUAUUAUUGCAAUAGACUGUUGACUUGUGUCACUGUAAAUUGUAUAGUGUGUAUGUGCAACCGGUGGCGGGUGGUCCAAAAUAGUGACGUGUCUUGACUGUGACUGUCGUACUGUUAGCGAUCGGUUGGCGGACUUGAAACCGCCGACCGGACGUCGAAUGCUAAUUUGUGUAUUCAAAGAGAAAAUAUGUCGUAUGGCUCCUGAAUGUUCUUUGGCUUUUUUUGUGUCUCCACCCUGGUGCUGACACCUGCUCUUCAACGGGCAAGUGAUCCAUUUUUAAGAUGUCGGAAGACUGAAGUAGGAUUUUUAAUUUUUUUUUAAAUUUAUUAUUUAUUUAUUUUUUUUACAUCUUCACAAUUUGGCAUAUACGGCAGUUGCUGGUGCUUCUCCAUGUAGAGUCUAAAGCUGAACAUCUCUUCAGACGAGUGGGCAGGGUAGGAAAGCUGGAAAAACUGGUACUCAGGUGGGUGUGGCACAGGUAUUUGAGCAGGUGUGUGAUUAAAGUACCCAAACUAACCCAUUGAAUUUGAGGCAGCCCACAAAAACACUGAGUAUGGUACGGCCCCCCACUUCUUCGGUGAUUGAGGGAUAGGCCUUUUAUCCCUGUCUGUAUCAAAUGCCCCCACUACCCCUAUGGGUGUGGGACUGCCCCCACUACCAUACUCUUUCGUUUUGUCCUUUUUUGCCCACCUGCUGCUGACGCAUGCUCCCGAAUGGGCAUGUUAACCACUCUUAAGAACUGUUGGAAGAUGGAUGUUUUUUUUGUUUUGUUUUUUUCCUUCCCCUCCCCCUCCCCCUUUGGACACAUUUUACAUGCUGGCAAAUCAUCUCCCCCCCAAACCCAGAGAACUUGUUUCUUUACCCUCAAGUUCCUACACAAAACCCCUUUAAACUUGAAGCAAGUGAUAUAUGGUUGGUGAGGUGUCUCCGAUUUGGAUUCAACAAUGACAUAUUCUAUCAGUGUCACAGCUUUGUGACAACAUGGAAGGUUAGUGGUGGUCUGACACACGUUUACAAGGCUUUGCUUUUAGCCAGAAAACCAUCACUUGCCAAUGAAUGAGCAAACAUGAAAAGGAGUGGUGCAAGUUCAAGGGACGUUUUGCUAGGUUUUUGUAGAAAAGCUGUCUCCCUUUAAAGUGGAAGGUGUUAUUCCACAGAAAGUAACGGUCCACACAGAAAGUGCCUUUCCUCUUGACUCUACUUUUUCAAGAAACUUUUUUUUUUUUUUUUCCCCCUCCCUGAGACUGGCAAACAAAACUGGCAGUGUCUUGGACCUUGGAUGUUGUUGUUGGUAUAGCGCAAUGUGGAAAACCAUGAAUGUCAAACACAGCACUUUAGAGGCUGCCGUUUACACUCUUGACGUUCAGUCCGUGCCGUCUCAACCCGGAGUCUUUUAUCACCACUCUGACCUUUAUAGAUGGCGGUGGUGUUGGUGGAUAUGGACUGAAGCUUUUGUUUGUCCUGACGGGCAUUCAAAAAGAUAGAGGCCAGCAUCAGUAUUGAACAGUUCACUGAGAACCUGGCACGCGCUAAUGCUAGUGCAAUGUCGGGGGGGAAAUGAGCCAGUAGGGCGUCGACUGAAAGGGUCUUCAGUCUAAUAGGGAUGUGGGGGGUGAACUGUGUUGUUUUUUUUUUGUUUUUUUUUUAAUAGGGGAGUUCUCGGAAACACUGCACCUCACUUACCUUGGUAUGCUGCAUAAUGUUCUACGUCGUAAGAGAAAAAUGCAAAUUGCUUAUAUGACAUACAUAUUCACUCCUGAUCAGACCAGUUGAAAAAUAGCAAUAAUUUGCAUUUUGCACUGUUGGAUCUUGGUUCAAGUAGUUUCCAUCCAUCCAUCCAUUUUCAAAAUGCAAAAAUAACAAAUUGAAGUGAGAGGAAAUGAAGUAAGAAAUGUAUUGCAAACAACAAAGUGAAAUGGAUUAUUCAGCUGAUCAAAAGACCACAGCCUUUAAAAGCCAAGAUCUGCUCAAAAAUGUGGAUUCAGUGGGUGUCAUUCACUAACUGUGCGUACACAGAUUUUUGCUUAAAUUGUGCAUAUGCACGUUUGAUGCACACAUCUGUAAUUUUUCUACGUUUGUACUUUUGUUUGUACUCUGCGACCAAAUCUAGAAGCUCCUCAGACCAUGCGUAUGCACAAAUAAUGCAGGAUCAGCUUUCAAAAAAACAUCUAACACAUCUUUUACCCAAGAUGCACAACAUAUUGGAACUAUAGUCAUUUAUAGGCAUUUGUCUCAAUAUAUUCUUUUUCUCUUCUCUUUUAACUUCCAACGCUAAUUUCAUGAAUUUUAUCAACUACAAAAGCCUAUUUGCUGUGCUAUAUUUAUUCAUUACUACUCUGUAUGUGAAUAACAAUACAGUGUUCAUUCUCUGCGCUUAUAUUGUUUUUUCGUAUAUAUUUUGUGCCACAAUCUCUAAUUUAACUUCGGUAUUAAUUAAAACUGUUUAACAUGAUUAUUAUAUGUUGUCAGUUUCUGUGUUGAGCAAGCUUUCCGAUUAUAUCAACUUUUUUAAAAAAAUAAUAAAGACCUUGGUUUUGGCGCUGUCUCUUGUGACUAAAACUCCAUGCAUUGGCUGAGAUGCGCCAGAUUGAUGCCCUUUUAUAGGGAAAUGGUUUAUGCAGAUUUCACGAGCUCGUCAUUUAGAAUUAAUUUUGAUUCACUAACAUGUGAAUGGUGGUGUGAAGAAUAUAGCAUCAUGCAUCUGACUGUGAUUUUGCGUAUGUGCUCAACAGAGUGAGAACAUGACGCGUUUAUCAGCGAAUGAGGCCCAAUGUCAUUUUCUGUCAGGUAUUCACACUGUCAUGUCAAAAACUUUUGUUUUUGAACGUUGUUGGAAUGUUGAGAUUCGUAAGCAAAGCCCUCUUGCAACGGCCCAUCACUGCUGAGGUUGGAUGCAGUAACACAUUCAUUUUUAAUUUCUUUAAAUAUCCUGAGUGUUAUGGAACAAAAACGUCAAGUGGUAGACGCAAUAAAAUUUCACUGGCCGGAGGAUCCAAUUGGCUGUCUGUCAAGACACAUGAUGAUCCUCUACCCAAAUUAAGGGAUUACUGGUACUGACUGCAGGCCAAUAACCAUCAGAUGGCAUCUGCUAGAGAAGGACUUUAAGAACGCAAAAAAAAAAGAGGCCUCGUCUCCUUCAAUGCCACAAAAUUGUCCGUUUGGACUUUGCAAGAGCGGCACGUUGCUCGACUGGUUAGAGCGUCUGCCUCAGUUCUGAGGUCUGGGGUUCAAUUCCCGGCCCGUCCUGUGUUGAGUUUGCAUGUUCUCCCCGUGCCUGCGUGGGUUUUCUCCGGGUACUCCGGUUUCCUCCCACAUCCCAAAAACAUGCAUGGUAGGUUAAUUGACAACUCUAAAUUGUCCGCAGGUGUGAAUGUGAGUGCGAAUGGUUGGUUGUUUAUAUGUGCCCUUUGAUUGGCUGGCAACCACUUCAGGGUGUACCCCACCUGCUGCCCGAUGAUAGCUGGGAUAGGCUCCAGCACGCCCGCGACCCUAGUGAGGAGAAGCGGCUCAGAAAAUGGAUGGAUGGACUUUGCAAGAGAGUACCAAACAUGGGACAUUGAAAGGUGGAAGAAAGUUUUAUUCUCUGAUGGGAAUAAAUUUAAGAUGACUGUCCUGAUGGCUUCCAAUGUUACUGGCAUGACAAGGAGAUCCCACUUGAGAUGUUUUCUACGCGGCACAGUGGAGUCAUGAUCUGGGGUGCUUUUUCCAUCAAUGGAACAAUUGAGCUUCAGGUCGUCCAGGAGUGUCAGACACUGGCUGGCUAUGUGGAGAUGUUGCAGGGGGCAUCCCUCAUGACUGAGGGCCCUCGUUUGUGUGGUAAUGGCUGGGGUUUUCAACAGGACAAUGCUGCAGUUCAUAAUGCCCACCUGACAAAGGAAUUCUUUUUGAGGAAAAACAUCACUCUUUUGGACUUUCUCAUGUUCUAAUGAUCUAAAUCAAAUUGAGAACAUUUGGAGAUGAAUGGCAAGGAAAGUUUACAAACAUGGGACAUCAGUUCCAGACAGUGGCUGCCCUCCGUGAAGCCAUCUUCACUUGGAGCAAUGUUCCCACAAGCUGCCUGGAACCACUCAUAUCAAGCAUCCUGAAACUCAUUUUUAUUAUUUUAUUUAUAAGUUAUCAAAAGGAAUGGUGGAGCUAAUCAUUACAAGUCAUUUUUUGUAACUUUCUUUCUAUUUUAGUUUAUUUUUUUAAUUUUUUUUUAAUUUUUUUUUUAGCUAUGGGCUUAAACGUUUGAUCAGAUGAUGAACAGCCUUUUUCAGUUUGUUGUUUGCAAUAAAUUGCCUUCUCCAAAACAAUUUUCUAACUCUUAUUUCUUUUGGAAUUUUGAAACUCUAGAACAUUUUUAAGAUUCAACAGUGGAAAAUGUAAAUUCUUUCUAUUUGUCAACUGGUCUUAAAAUUUUGAUCAGGAGUAUAUCUAUCAUGCUCGAGUAAUGCCUGACAUUCUUAUAACUAUUUUAGAGUCCAAAUACAUAAUUGUAAAAAAAUAUAUAUAAUAUAUAUAAAUUUUUUGUCUUAACAGUUAUCACAUUUUUUAAAAAUGUGUUCUUGAGCCGACGUUUCCUUUUUGUUGUCCUAUUUAAAUGCGUUAUUGAAAUAAUAAUAAAAAAAAAAAUAUAUAUAUAUAUAAGCUAUAUAUAUGGAGUAUUUUAUGGCAUAUUUAUUGUUUUUUUUUUUGGGAAGGUGUUUGGAACCUUAUUUUCAUACACGCAAGCACAACAAAAGGCGUUUGCGAACGGGCUGAUUUUUAAACAGGACGUCCUCCUAAUUUAGCCUCCAAAUGCCAGUCCAGAUAAACGGUUUCGGACCCGAGUGUCUGGCAUGUCAAUUCCAUCUGGAGGAUUACACUGUGUUUACGGGUGGAAUUUCCCGAUUAACCAAAAAUGCACUAUAACCUUUGAUUUUUUUCAGUUUGCAACAGAGAUACAGAGAGACUGGAGGAGUCACAGAAAGGCAGAGUUGGAUGUAAAAAAAAAAAAAAAAGUACUGAAAAGAUUAGCAGUUGAACAUGGAGUGCAUUUAAAAGUUUAGACGAGGUCAAAUUAAAUUCACCCGUAAAGGUCAUAGUGCAUUUUAGGUUAAUCCUGAAAUUUCACCCAUGCAGAAUAUCAAAAUUUUUUGUGAAUAGCGGAUCUACAAAAGGUCUUGUGUCAAGUUCUUGUGCCACAGGAGGAUGGGUGUCAAGGAAAAAAAAAAAAAAGCCUUAAGUGUGUCCUAAGCCUGCCUACUUGAAACCGAUCAUACAUUUUGUCUCUUCUCUUUCCAAAACCACUAAAAUUGCUACACUAAACUCUGUACGUUCGGGACUGUCCAAGUUUUUUAUCAGCAUAUUUUCUGUUCUGUCUGGCUAACCCGAGCGUCGAGUACAUUGCGACGACAAGAUCCGAUCCGAUCCCGAUCAGGAGGCUAGCUAGCGAGACCUGUGCCUGUAUUGCGUAUUUUCGGCACUUGAGCAAACAAGAUUGUACUUUUUCUUUGUUACAAAGCGAAAUACUGUAAACCCUCCAUUACUUAUUUUAUCCAUUUUUUUUUUCCACCCCGUCAGCAUUCCAAUACCGACGUUGAACCAAAUAUUGCGAAAGAGAUUAGAUGUCCCGAUUGCUCGUCCGUGGCCAAGGAAACGUCAUUUAAAACUUUCUUCAGCAACGUAACAUUUCAUUGCAUCAGUCGCAUGUCUAAGAUCUCCGUGACGACGCUUACAUGAUUUGCAUUUGUCACAAAUGUACUGAAUGCUCGAUUCCUUUCUGUAACUUCUUCCUUUAGGUUGUUUGCAUAUUUUAGUGUUGCUUUGCUUCUGUUUGAAAUGUACGUAUGACUAAUACUUGCAAUAAAAUGCUUUGCUUUA